AUGAUGGACAUCAGUGGGAUAGACCAUCGCCUGUCAUUAGGGUACAAUCCAUUGGGUAACUCGGUUUCUGAGUCAUUUAUCAAAAUAUGUAAGUUAACGACUAUCAAGUUGUUAAAAGGUAAGAGGGAUCAAUGGGAGCACUUCAUUCCGUGGGUGAAUUACUGCAUCAAUGUCAAGUAUGCUCGGCUACAUAAAUCUCGUCCGUAUACGCUUUUGUUUAAUCGUCAACCAAAUGGGCUGGCUGAUUACUCAAAGGUGGACUAUUCCAAACGUUUGGAGAAAGCUGAUAAUAGACUCAUUGACAAACGAUACCGUUUUGUACAAGAUGUUCUUAUCCCGGCUAUUUCUAAGCGUAUUGUGGAUACACAAAAUGCUGAUCAUGCUAACUUUGCGAAGAAACAUAAGGUCAUUGCCGAACCCUAUCCUAUUGGUAGUAAAGUUAUGAUUAAAAAUGUUCAUCGUCAAAAUAAGUUAGAUGAACGGUAUGAAGGACCUUAUUUGAUUCAUAGUAUAACCGAUAAAGGUUCCUAUGUGCUGGCUGACAAGACGGGUGCACUCCUUAGUCGAGAUGUGCCUACCCAUCAUAUCAAGUACCAAGUCGCUGCGAAUCCUCAGCCAAUCACAAUUGAUGAAUUCUCUGCAGAGCAUUACGAAAUUCAAGCUGUGAUUGAUCAUAGAGGAUCUCCUGGUAACUAUGAGUAUAAGGUAAAAUGGAAAGGGUUCGAUGAUCCUAGUGAAGAUACUUGGGAGCCUGUGAAAAACUUUGAUUCGGCCAAACACAUUGAGCUGUAUUGGGCUCGAAGAGAAGGUGCAAAGGCUGCUGGUAAACGUAGGUUAGCUCCUCAAACAGUUAACUGGCGAACUACUACUACUCGCGAAAUUGGUCAGAGCGGUAGAUCAAACAGGUCUUAA